AGGCGUUGACGUGAGGUGGUGUGCAUCUGUGAAAAUAAAAAAAUCUCGAUAAAUCGUGGACUUUUCAAGGUGUAAACACAAUGUCCAAGCGACAAGCAAUCGCUAGCUGUGAAAGCGAUACAGUCAUGCCACGAUCUGCUGUGAAACGAAAAUACCAACCCGAAAUGGCUGACUUUCAUUCGAACGAACCUGGCAAUGAUGGGAAAUCGACAGUAAAAUUCAACGACAUGAGUGACCAUGUAAUUGAUGUGAUUCUGUGUGAAUUGCCGCUAGAAGACUUGGCGAACAUUUCCGACACAAGCACCCGACUUAGAGAUAUUGCUAGUUCGGUGUUUUUACGGAAACAUGCGCACCGUUUAAUAUCAAUGGAUGUGUUUCAUUAUGGGAUUAACAUUUGUGACAAAUUACGCGAACAUUAUAAAAAAGAUUUUCCGGUAUAUUGUGAACACAAUGCGAUGUUGAGGAUUUCUGCCGCUCCGAUUUGGUUUAAAUUAUUGAGAAAUUUCGGAGCUACCAUUAAACAUGUCCGUAUUCAUGGUCAUACAACAAAUGAUACGUAUACGUUGAACGUUAUGCCGAAUCUGAUCAAAUAUGUGUCCGACUUCUGCAGCGAUUCACUGGAAACACUUGAGGCGCUCGCCGGAAAUCAAUUUCUGACUUUCAAAAGGCCGUUGACAAAUCUUCGGGAGUUCUGUUUAUUCUCUGGACGUUUUGAGAGCUUGGAGGCACUUGAAUCGAUGCCAAAUGUGCGUACGUUGAAGUUAAGUCGGGUUCCAAAGACAAUUGCAAAAUUUUAUGCAAAAUUGGAAAGAGUUCAUUUGGUAGUGGAGAGCGAUGAAGAAGUGCAGACAUUCAUUUCAUUCAUACGCUUGAAUCGACAAAUUAAAUAUUUACAUUUGGUUAUAUUCCAUGACUGCAGGCCUGAACACAAUGAUGCAAUAUAUUCUUCGAUCGCUGACAACUUAACGCAAUUAACAACCUUCAAAUUAUGCGAAUCCAAUGUGCCGCAAUUGGUAUCCCGACAUCGAUUUCAAGGAGUCGAAUCAUUUUCGGUUGAAUGUCGCGGUCCACUACACAUGUUUGAAUUCAAUGGUCUAAGAAAACUUACGCUAAGAGGAGUCUUCGCAUAUCCCCCGAAUUGUGUGACCAUUGCACAGCGUUAUAAAGAUUUGAAAAUAUUGAAAUUACCUCUUCUAGAAGAGGCGCAUGUCAAUGCCAGUUUCAUUCAGAAUUUGUUGAAAAAAUUACCUGAAUUGGAACAAAUCAGUGUUUACCGUGACAAACAAAACAGAUGGUCGACUUUGAAGAACCUUCUCGGUAGAAAAUGGGAACAGUUUGAAAAAGAAAAAACUGGCAAAUUUAGGCCAAGCUGGAUGCCUAUUUCUCAACAUUUCCGAAAAAAAUAAUCGACGCGACAACCUACGCCGAAUUGAAAACAGUCGGAGAGAUCAUGAUUGUUUAUAUAACAUUGCAGAGUCCGUAACAAUGUAAUCAGAGUAAAGUGCCACUUUAGUUAGGUAUUUGCGUCUUGCAGUGUUUU